CCGCAGGCAGCCCCGAUGGCCAAGCAGCCCCCCGAGGUGAAGGCGCGACGCGACGGCGAGGGCGGGCGGCUGCCGGCGGCGGAGGGGCCGGGCCCGGGCGCGCAGCUGCGCCCCGGCGCUCCCGCCGCCCUGCCCGGGGCCGGCGCGGUGUCCGCGGCGCGGGGCCCGCCCGCCAGCCCCGGCCCCUUCGCCACCCGCUCGCCGCUCUUCAUCUUCGUGCGGAGGUCGCCGCUGCUGCCGCGCUCCUCCAGCGGGUACUUCUCGUUCGAAGCCGAGCGCAGCCCCGCGCCCCUGGGCUGCGACAAGGCCACGCAGACCCCCAGCCCGCCCUGCCAGGCGCUCAGCCACUGCCUCAGCGCCAUGGCGUCCCGGUGGCAAUCCCACUCUCCAGCCGAGGAGGUGCAGCCGGAGAUCUGGAUCGCGCAGGAGCUGCGGCGCAUCGGCGACGAGUUCAAUGCCUCCUAUUGUCCACGCAGGGGUUUCUUGGAUCACCAGCUGGGGAACCCUCAGGUCAUGAUCCUGCGCCUGCUGCGUUACAUCAUCAGCCGCAUCUGGAGGCUCCAGUGAGAGCGCCCAGCGCAUCCCGAGCCACCAGGACUGAAUUUCUCGCUGGGAAAGCCCGGGAAGGAUGGACUCAUGGAUGGAUGUGGGGCUCCCACCCUGCCUCUCCCCCAGGACACGUGGCAGGAUGAGGGUGGACAUCCCAUUCCGAGCGCGGCGUUUUUAUGGCAGAGUGGUGUUUACUCGGUGUUUCUCUCCACUCUUUUUAUUCAUUUUUUUGCCUUUUUUUUCCCCCCAAAAGAGUCUCAGCGAAAAUGUGGAAUCAUGUUUUGUCAUCGUUCCUGGAAUUCUGUGGCAUGAGCCCCAUGGCAGGAAUGAGGGAAACCUGAGCCAGCUGAUGGGCAGAGCCCUCGGAGUUUGCCUUGCAGAGGCUUGGAUUCCU